GUGUAAGAAAGUCAUUACAAACUGUUCAGACACCACAGAAAAUGGAACCCACAUUUUGGUCGCUUGUCGCUAUCUUAGUUGUCAGUCAGGCCAGGGCACAGCAACCAACACCUUUGGCGUCCCCAAUAGGAACAAAAUACUCUCAGUCCACUGACGUUUCCCACAUAUCAUUUAACUCACCCCUAGUUACCUAUGGAGAUUCUUUAAGCGCCAUUCAAUUACCUGCUGCACCGGUAAGGCCUGCCAAUCUUAGGGAAGCCUCACAAGAUACAACUAAGCAAGAAGGACAGACACUUGUCAGGAUGUUCGGUGGCCAGGAAGAACAAAACCAACCACAACUUUCAUCUGGACAACCUCAAUUCAUAUCCAUCCAGCAAUUCCCCGCUAACCCACAACUACAGCAAAACGAUCCGGAUUUGUCAGCAAGAGCACAACCUGUAUCAGAAAAUUCUAAUGUAGCAAAUCAGCAACAGCAGUAUGUGCAAUCACCACAACAAUAUAUAUCAUCUCAACAACCAUUUGCUUCUCAACAACCGUCACUGCAUAAUCAGCAGCAAGUUUUCGCUUCUCCACAACAAUACGUGCAACAGCAACAAUUUGCAGCGCAGCAACCUUACAUAAACCAGCAAUCCUUUGUAAAUCCUCAACAACGCUAUGCUCCUCAACAAUUUACGGUCCCUCAGGUGCAGCAACAGUUCAGCAGUCCACAAGUAGCUUACCAAACACCUCAAAGCAAUGGAUAUUUUGCAAGUGGGCCAUAUGCAUCUCAACCACAAUUGCAAUAUCCACAGCAACAGCCUAUUAUUUCUAGACCACAAGCUGCUGCUGUGGCACAACCACAGUUUGUGUCAAGAGUGGCAUUUAGUGGACCCGUUACCGGAUUCAGUUAUGGAUUCUAAGGCCUAGAUAUGAAUUGAAACAUGUGAGAUAUUUUGUUUUAGUUUUGUAAAUAUUGUAAAUAUGUUUGUGUUUAUGGAUUAUUAAGUAAUGUGUUCCUUUUUAUGGAUAUAAUAAGUUCUGAGCUUAAAGUUUGCCCUUAGCAUAUGUAGAGAACAACAGUUUUUUUUUUAAUUUGAUGUAAACAUAUAAGAUAAAUUUGAAGCAGAUUUUUGUAAAAUACGUUAUUUGAAGCUUUUUCUGUUAUAAUAUAUAAAGACUAUUUUUGUUAAUAAAAUGUGAUAUAUUAAGGA